GAUUCGCCCUGUCGGUUUGAAGUUAUUCCUUUGAGCUUGCAAUCUAUGCCAUAUCGAUUCAUUGCUUUUUUUUUGUGUACCACCACUAAUAAACAGAAUAAACAGAGUUUAAAUCUAAAAAAAAAAUAUAAAAAAAUCAUAAUCUUUCGAAAUGCAGGCGGAGAUUGAAACAAGCAUCAUCGUAGAGGCGAUGGAGGUGCUAGUGAAUCACAUUCUAUACGUGCGGGGUAUAUACCCCUCGCAUAUUUUUAAAUUAAAGCGGAUGUAUAACUCGCCCAUUUUUGUGUCCAUAUUUCCACCUCUUAAUAACUACCUGACCGGCGUUCUAAAAUCCGCUCAAGAACUUCUCCGCCGCCGAGAGCUGCAGUGCCUAGAGCUAAUAGUGAAUCAGAAGGAGAAUGAGAAGUUGGAGCGCUAUAAAAUAAAACUAGAAGCCCAGGAGUGUGGACUACCGGCUGAGGAUCUUUUAAUGGUGUUCGAGCAGAACAUGCGCUCUGUCAUUUACCAAAUCUCUCAGCGGAUGAACCAGGUUCCUAAACUCCCCGCCGGAAGUGGCCACUUUAAGGUUCAUCUGCACACUACCCAGGAGGCAUUCAUACGCUUCAGCCAUGAUUCCCAGUACCAGGACUUUCCGUGGCUUCAGGCCCAAAAAACAGAAUCCCAGAUACCACCGCGCACCAUUUCCCUUCUACCUUUGUCUAGGGUGGAGGAUUUGGGACUGAAAAUGGAGGUUCUCAUCAUUAACUAAUGUUAUAUUCGUAAACUUGUUAUCCAUUUAAUCCAAAACUACACGACGUUGGUUUUAUUUUAAACUACAAAGGAUUCUAAAAAUGAAUCGUAGGAUGAUCCAUGUUCUUCUUUUAAUGAAUAAAAACAGCGGCCAAUGGUUUUAUAGCUUAACAUUAGAUUCCUUAAAUAAAACCAAUUUUAGUGUCA